AUGGAUGCUCUUGAAAUUGAACAUUUAUGUAGUCAAUUAUAUAGUAGUGGGAAUAAUGAACAAAUGCGUUUAGCUACUCAACGUCUUGAAACAUUUAUCAAUCAAACAAAUUGUUUAUCACAAUGUCGUUUAUUACUAGAUCGUGCUGUAACUCCUUAUACACAAUUUUUUGGUGCUACAACAUUAAUAAAACAUUUUAAUUCCAUAUCAAAUCAACCAUUAGUUUCAUUUACAGAACGAUAUGAAUUACGUACAUAUAUUCUUGAAUAUUUAUAUAAACAUAAUAGUUCAUUAGCUCAAUUUGUAUUAGCUGAGUUAGUUAAAUUAUAUUCACGUUUAACAAAAAAUUCAUGGUUUGAUUUAAAUCCAUCAACCAAUAAUGAAAAUUAUCCAUUUCAAACAUUUACAGAUGAUUUACUUAAAUUUCAAAAUGAUCCAUCACAUUUUUCAGUUGCUUUACAAAUUUUAAUAGGAAUUUUAUCUGAAAUGAGCGUACCAAAUGAUGAAGAAACAACAGCAAGAGCAUUUACUAAACAUCGAAAAAUUUGUAUUUCAUUUCGGGAUACAAAAUUAAUUGAUAUUUAUUUAUUUGCUUGUCAAUAUUUACGUGAUGUUAUUGUCAAUCAAAAGAAAACACUAGGUUUACCAACUGAAUUAAAUGAUUACCCAAAAACAAUUCAUACUGCUCAAUUACAACCAGAUUAUUAUAUAGUUGUUGAAAAAUUACUUACAUUAGCAUUAUCUUGUUUAACAUAUGAUUUCCUAGGAACUGGUUCAAGUAUUCAUGAUGUUGAUAUAUCCGAUGAACAUUUAACAUUACAAGUUCCAAUUGCAUGGCAUGAUCAUAUUAUUGAUGGAAGUUUUUAUCGUCUAUUUUUUUCAUAUUAUUUUCUUUUUUCAAAUACAACACUUGUACCAAUAGCGAUAUCAUGUCUUGUUCAACUAUCAAGUGUACGACGAUCAUUAUUGAAUACAAAUGAACGUCUGAUUGUAUUCAAUUUAUUAACAUAUGGUAUUCGCUCAAUUCUUGAACAACCUGGUGGUCUUCUAUCCGAUGAAAAAUCUUUACAUGAAUUUUGUCGUUUAAUUGCACGUUUAAAAUCUAAUGCUCAAUUACAUGAAUUAGUUCGUAUUGAUAAUUAUCCAUUAUUUAUGGAAAGAUUAUUUCGUUUUACAAUUGAUCAUUUAUUAAGUGUACAUCAUCAUCGUCAAUAUCAUUUAUCACCUAAUACUCUUCAUUAUAUUUUAUCAUUUUGGUCAAAAAUAGUCGCAUUUUUGUCUCAUUCAUCAAAAUUAUCCGAUUCUGAUGAUUCAUCAACAUUACAUUUACUUGAUAUCUAUGUUCCGCAAAUUGUUUCAUAUUAUAUUCAAUCACGUUUAGAUGCACUUAAUAAUGAUGAUAUACUUUAUACAGAAUUAUUUGAUAAUGAUCAAACAAUAUUACAACAACAAUUAGAUAUGAUUAGUAUCAUGUCAAGAUUAGAUUAUAAUAAAACUUGUGUACUUUUAUGUAAUUGUUUCGAUGAUAUUGCACAACAAUAUCAACAAGCAGCAAAUUCUGAAACAGUUGAAAGACGUUUUACAUUUUUAAUAUAUGUUCUUGGUUGUGUUAUUGGUGCACGCGGUAUAACAUUAUCAUCAUUAUCAAUGUCAAAUGAUGAACAAGAUUUAUUUGAUGGUGAAUUAGUUGUACGUGUUUUACAAUUAAUGACAUAUAUACAACAAAAAACAUCACAUGAAAAUAAUCAAAAUACUAUUAAUACAGCAAUAACAACAAUAGCAACAGAUAAAAAAGAUUCAACACCUUAUUCGGAAAGAUUAGAAUUAGCUGUACUUUUCUUUUUUGAACAAUUUCGAAAACAAUAUGUUGGAGAUCAUGGAAGAUCAGAUAAAAUUUAUCAAGUUCUUUUUAAACAUCUCGGUAUUGCUGAUGAAGAACAAUUAUUAUCAAUAUUUGUUAAGAAACUUUUUACAAAUUUACAAUAUUCAAUUAUAUCAGAUAAAUUAAUUGAACGAACUGUUGGAUGUUUUAGUGAUUUAACACAUGGUUAUCAAAGUGUUCGUAAAUUAGUUAAACUUGAUCCAAUACAAUAUUUUAUAAAUAAUCAUACACAAGAUUUAUUUCCAUUUCUUCAUCAUAUGUUAACAACAAAACGUUCACAUAAUAGUAAUAUAAGUAUUAGUAGUUGGUCACGUUUACGAACAACAUUUUAUACUGCUAUUGGACGUAUGUUAAUGCACGAUUUUCGUUAUGAUGAAGAUGAUGAUGAUCGUGCAGAAGCUUUUAUGAAACCAUUUACAACUCAAUGUACAAGAUUAGUACAAAUAUUUAAAGAAUUUCCAGAAUUUUCAUUAAUAAAUCCAGGACAAUUUCUAGGCAUGAAUCAAUUCAAUCCAACAUUAGCAUCAUUAGACGAAAUUCAAUCGCUUAUUAUUGGUAUAACUCGUGAUCUUCGUGGUUUAUGUAGUUCAUUACUUUCUAAGCAAGCAUAUAAUUCAUUCUUUGAUUGGCUAUAUCCAUCAUACUUACCAUUAUUUCUUAAAGCUUUAUAUGUAUUCUAUGAUCGAAUGGAUGUUUAUAAUCCUUUAUUAAAAUUUUUUCAUGAAUUAUCAUCAAAUCGACAAGAACGUUUAGUAUUUGAUUCAACUAAAGCAAGUGCUUAUUUAUUAUUUCGUGAAACAUCAAAUUUACUUUAUAUAUUUCAAACAAAAACACUUGUUCAUGUUAAUAAUACAAUACCAGAAUCAGAUGGAAAUCUAUAUUAUAAAUCUAAGCUUAAACCAAUUACAACUUGUUUAAAAAUCAUUCAAACAUGUUUAGUUGGUAAUUAUGUUAAUUUUGGUGUAUUUCAUCUUUAUUCUGAUCCAUGUUUUGAUAAUUGUUUACAAGUAUUUAUUUCAAUUUUAACAUCAAUUAAAAAAUCCGAUUUAUUAUCAUAUCCAAAAUUAACUUCAGCUUAUUUUUCAUUAAUUGAAACAUUAUCAAUUGUUAAAAUUGAUUUCUUAGCAAAUUUAUCUCUACCAUUAUUUGGUUAUGUACUUGAAACAAUAACUGAAGGAUUUCUAUCACAUGAACAAACAAUACAAAAUUCUUGUUGUGUAUAUUUAGAUACAUUUCUAUCUUAUGUUUUUCGAUCAGUAAAGAAAAAUUCCGCAUCAACAAAUUUAAUGGCUAAUGUUCAAGAAUAUGAAGGGUUAUUUAGACAGAUACUUGUAAAUUUAUUGAAUGGCAUUAUAUAUGCAGAAUGCAAAAAUAUUUACACCGUUUCAAAACCACUUCUUGGCCUUAUAUUACUGAAUGAAAAUAAAUUUUUUACUGAAAUUAAACAGCAAUUAUUAUAUGGUCAUACUCAAGUUAAACAAGCUGUAUUAUCCACAGCAUUAGAUAAUUUAAUGACAGGUAUUGAUCGUACAUUAACAGAAUCAAAUAAAGAAAAUUUUACACAAAAUAUAACACAAUUUCGAAGUGAUAUACAAGAUUCAUUAAAUGUUACAGAUACAAAAUUAUCCUCAACAUCAGUUCCAUCAUCGUCAUCGAUUAUUUCUACAAAUAUUCCAGUUACUAUUGCCGUUUCAAAUUUGAUACCAUCGUCUUCGACGACAGCUCCUGUUGAAGAGUUAAUGACCCUGUGA